GGGCCGCGGGGGAGCGGGGCCGGCGCUGAGGUGAGGACGGCGGAGAAGGGCCGCGGCCGCUGGGUGAGGGCUGGGAGAAAGUGGAAGGUGGCUGAAGAACUGGAGAAAUGGCCACUACACAAUCUGUCUUCACAUUUGCUCUCUGCAUUUUAAUGAUAACUGAAUUAAUACUGGCUACAGAGAGCUAUUAUGAUAUCUUAGGAGUUCCAAAAAAUGCAUCUGACCGCCAGAUUAAGAAGGCAUUUCACAAGCUGGCUAUGAAAUACCACCCAGACAAAAAUAAGAGUCCUGGAGCAGAAGCAAAAUUUAGAGAAAUUGCUGAAGCAUAUGAAACAUUGUCAGAUGAGAAUAAACGAAGAGAAUAUGAUCAGCUUGGCCGUCAUGGAGGAAAAGGAAGUAACGGAAGCCCAUUCCAUCAGUCAUUUAAUUUCAACUUUGACGAUCUGUUCAAAGACUUUGAUCUAUUUAGUCAAAACUCCCGGUCAAAAAAGCACUUUGAAAAUCAUUUCCGAAGUCAUCGGGAGGCUCAUAAUCGGCAAAGACGUUCUUUCCAAGAGUUUUCUUUUGGAGGUGGACUGUUUGAUGAUGUGUUUGAAAAUAUGGAGAAGAUGUUUUCAUUCAGUGACUUUGAAAACGCACACAGACACGCGGUGCGAACUGAUGCCAGGUUUCAUGGAUCCAGCAAGCACUGCAGGACUGUCACUCAGAGACGAGGAAACAUGGUUACCACAUACACUGACUGUUCUGGACAAUAAUGUUUCCUUUCUUCUAAACUUUUCUUCUUUUCUCAACAUCUUCAUAAUCUUUCUUGGGUUUGUGCUAACAUGGAAGAAAUUCUCUGAACUGUAUUUUCUAAGAAACACAUAAACUACUAUAAAGAAGUUGUAGGUGAAACUAAUCUUCAGAAUAGAAACAACAUGCUUUUGCAAAGUAAAUGUGUCAACAGCUGCUUAGAACAGGAGAGAAAUAAUCUCAUGUGACAGAAAAAAUUAUAUGUGUUUCAAUUUAGUAAACACUUUCCCUAAAUUUGAGUGCAAGAUAUAUAUUUUUCAUUUCAGAAAUGUAAUAUAAUUUUUUUCAUAAAAGCCAGUUCAGGACUGAUUGAAUUACUGGUGUUUGGAUUGAAGCAGAGGAGAUACUUUAAUUUUGAAGUGCUGCUCUAUUUUUAGUCAUGUCUUUCCAAGUUUGCACUUGCAGUUUUUACCUGAUACAUAUUUACAUGCAAAUUACGUAAUUUACACAAAAUAGCAGGAGAAAUAUGACUUCCCUGGGUCUGUUGCUCUCUCUAGCAUUGCAAAAGUGCAAAAGUAAAACCCUUACUUUUUGAAGGUGGAAAAUAGUGAGGGAAUAUGUUUAGACUGUGAGUGAUGUAGGAAUUAGUUUUGUUUCUGAAUUGGCCUGAAACGAUCUUAGGAUUUGAAUAACCUUUGACUUAUUUAGGGAAUAUAGGGAUAUUUGUGUGUGUAAGUUUGUGUGCACACAAAAUUUUUGUUUUGGUUUUAUUUUUUUCCCCCCUCCUUCCACAGUACAAAUCUCUCUCUAACAAGGUUUGGCAGGGCACACCCAAAACACUCUUGUUUUGAGCUUACUAUAUUACCACGUGUGCACUCACAACUCACUUUAUUGAGCUAAAAUACCCCUCUGAGAUCUUAGGAACUUCAAUGAGAUAAGCUUGCCUACAGAUUUGUGGUGUUCCUGGAAGGGUCUGAGUAAAAGCUACAGUGUUUAGAUUGACAGAUUUAUUUCCUGUCAGCAGGAAUUUUUCAGCAUUGUAAUUUGAAAGGUAAAUUCUUAGCCUUACCACAGAGUAAAGCUGAAAAUUAAAAUCCUUGUAUUCAUCCAAUGCCUUGUGGGGCUGGAGACUGCUAAUAAGGACAGUACUAAUGGGUAUUGAUUUUAGGACCAUGGAAACCCACAACCAGUGUAAACUACUUAAAACUAAAAAAGAAAACAACCACCAGAAAAUGCUGCACAACAAAACUGCAAAUACUUUAGCUGAUGUCAAUCAAAAAGUUCUGUUGUAACUCUUUAACUAGUCAUACUAGUCAGGUUCAGUAUGUUAAAUUGGUUGUCCCUUUGAGACUGGGAGGUAAGAAUUUAUCUUUCUGAUUGCAUGAGCAAAAUAAGCAUUUUAGCUAGCAGUGUUCUAAAUAGGCUUUGAGUUCUUAAAAUCUUUAUCGAGAGAUUUAACCCUUUGCUUCUUGGAUGGAUAUUGAAAGCUGCCUAUUUGCUAAGGAACUUUAGCCUUCCCCUCAAGUGUACGUAUUGUUGCUUGUUCAGUUUUCAUUGCCUAAUCCUUGGAAUGGAUUGUUGCAUUAUAUUAAGUACUUUUCCUUUUCCAUGUUCUUCUUUAUUUAUUAAUAGACUAAUACCUCAUAUAUGGUCUUUAUUAAAAGCCAGUAAUUUGUGCAACAUUAUCGGAAUGUGCAAUAUCCUUAUAGUAGGAAAAGUGCUGAAUUGAGUGUGUUUGUUUCACCCUUUUCCUAUGUAAGUAAAGAUUUUUGUUUCUUCUGUAUAAUUAAUAUAUGAUUCAAGCAAAGUUGUACUUCCUGUAGAUUUCUGCAUUUAUUUUCUUUAACAUACUCCAUUAGUCCUGUGCAUGAAUCAGACUAUCUGCCCAAUUCAUAUCAUAUGGGCAUCCAAGUGAACAAAUCAUUAAUUUAAAGUUAUGAAUUACUUUCACAAAGAUUAAGUAUUAAACAUGAGAGUAUUUUUGAAUGUCCUUUGCUGGGAGGCAACUCCACAAGUGGGAUGCAAAGGUAAACUAUUAAUACCUUUCUUAAUUUGAUGCAUAUUUUCUUAAUUAAAAAAAAGAAAUUUGAUAUAGUAGAACGAGAAGUUCACUUGGGUCCCUUCCCAAACUAGGAAUUAGAGGGAAUGAAAGCUAAAAUGAACACUGUAAAUUUUAGGAAACACAUUUCACCCCAAAAACUCAAGUCAUUUAAGUGACUGUAUAAGUUCACAAUCUUUCGAGCUAAACUUUGAGGUGGAAAUAAAGGUUUUGGCUCCUUCUAGACUAGUUUCCCCUCUUUAAGAAUGCUCCAAACUUAGUACAAAGUGUACUUGUUUUCCUGAUGUCUUUCAAGUGUAAGUAUAAACCUGAUAAGAAAACCAUUAUUGUUGCUACUUUUUUGCUUAUCUGCCUUAAAAAUUGUCUGCCUAGUCUAUUUUAACUUGAUUUCAUAUUAUUUCUGUUAAUUACUUGUCAUGGGAAAAGCCAAAAAUGCUUUCCUUUCUUUCUAUGGCUUCUCCAAGUCAUCUUUCUGGUUGUUUCUAUUGCUGAUCCAAGGUCAGAUCCAAAGGAAAGCUUGCCAUGAGUAUUGCAGAAACCAGCGUAUGGCUGUCCCUGUGGUUUUCUAUGAUGGGUUUGCUUUGAAUAGACUUCAGCUGGGGAAAUUUGGCAGGCUUUCCUCAGCCAAGAGUCUUCACUUUCAUGGCCCUCAGAACACAGGCUUGCAAAACAUGUUAUGCUUCUCACUUACUCAGAGCUCUUGCACAUUCUUUCCCUAUUUAUAGUGUUGGCUUCAUGGCAGGCUCCAGCGGAAGUCCUGGUAUAACCUUAUGACAUCCUGACUUCAGAGUUUCUUAAGUGCCAUCUUUCAUCUCUCUUUAAAUCUUAUGAAAAUACCCAACAAAACAAAUUUUUGUUAGAUAAGGGUGAAAAAAAACCUGAAAUUUUUUUUGAAAGUAAUUUAUGCAUAUGUAACUACAAAUGAGUUAGUUUUUAAAACUACCAAAAAAGUGUUUUUUCAUGUUUUUUUUCCCAUUAUACUUUUGAAACACAGUAUCUAGUGGAGAUAAAAGUACUGUAAAGUUAAUUAGAGUGCCAUUACAUUAAACAUGUGAAAAUUAA